CCAAAAUUGUCCCGUCUCCCGCUCAGCGCCUACCUUUUGUGUCUCCCCCCACCACUCGCCACAAGCCCGUCUUAAUUCGCAAUGGCCGCCCCCGCCCCCCCCGUCGCCGCCGACCCCGCCAGGACCGCCGACCCCUCCGCGUACUCUGGUCCUGACGUCGGCGCAGAGUCUGGAUCCAAGCAGGAGGAAAAGCUGCUCUACACUUUUGAGACCCUUGCCCAGCACAACACCAGGGAAGAACUCUGGAUGCUGUUGCAUGACAAGGUCUAUGACGUUACUGCGUUCAUGGACGAGCACCCCGGUGGAGAUGAAGUUUUGCUUGAAGAAGCUGGACGGGACGCAACGGAGGCCUUUGAGGAUGUCGGACACUCUGAUGAAGCGAGGGAAAUGUUGACAAAGAUGUAUUUGGGAGAGUUCCAGGGAGAGAAGAAGGGCAAGGCGAAGAAAGGUUCAAGCAGUACCGGUACUUCUAGCUCAUCAUCUUCUGGUUUCCCCACUUGGACAAUCCCUCUCGCCUUGUUCGUCGCCUUUCUUGCUUGGCGUCUCCUCCUCGCCUAAGUGUCGGGCGUCUUCUGAUGGGUUUUGUCUUUGGGAUUGAUUUAGGGAUGAGGGUGCUUAGCACGAUUUCGGUAGACUUGUCUGUUCAUG